AUGCCUCCCGCUCUACCUCUGAUCCGUCUCCUCGCCCCCGUGUUCUCCACAGCGCGCAAUGCCAGCUCGAGCGUCUUCAUGCGCGGCGGGAGUUGGGGCGGGAGAAGCUUCCCUGCCGCGAGGGCCGCUCUCGUCGCACGCUUCAGCGCAUCCCCCGCCGCCGCGCUGAAGAAGCACGAGAUGCCACCCCGGCCCAAGCCCCCUCCAGACUCGGAUAUCGAGGAGUCCUACCUCAAGGGCAGCGGGCCGGGCGGACAGAAAAUUAACAAGACAAGCUCGGCCGUACAACUCAAACACAUACCCACCGGCAUCGUCGUCAAGUCCCAGGCCACUCGAUCCAGGUCCCAGAACCGCAAAAUUGCCCGCGAGCUUCUGGCGCAGAAGCUCGACGACCUCCAGAAUGGAGACCAGAGCCGGUCAGCAAUUGUGGGUGAGGUGAAACGUAAAAAGGCGGCUAGUGCGGCGAAGAAGAGCAAGAGGAAGUAUCGCAAGCUGGAGGAAGACAAGGCGGAAACAGAUGAUACUGACAGCGGAGAUGCCGCACUGGAGGCUGAAGCGGUAGAGCCGCCAAUUGAAGAACGGACGAACGCUCCGAGCGUGGAUGUCAAACCACAGAAUUCACAAAUGCCAAAAUGUAAAUGA